AUUAGAAAAUAUCAUGUAUGUAUGUAUAAGCUCCGGAAAGUAGAAACAGAAGCUUGGUAAGAAACAAUGGAGCCGGCUUCAAAGAGCAAAAGCUGGAGCAUCCAUACCCGCUCCGAAAUCACCUGCAAAUAUGAGAUCCAACAGCGCGUCGGAUCGGGCGCCUACUCCGACGUGUACAAAGCCCGUCGUCUCUCCGACAAUCUCGUCGUCGCUCUCAAAGAGGUCCACGACUACCAAUCGGGGCUCCGCGAAAUCGAAGCAUUAAAAGCUCUCCAACACUGCCCAAACGUCGUCGUCUUGCACGAGUAUUUCUGGAGUGAUGACGAGGAUGCUGUGCUCGUGCUUGAGUUCUUGCAGACUGAUUUGGCUUCUGUGAUUCGAUCGGCCAAGAAAGAGUGGGAGGAUGGUGUGAUUAGAGUGCCGGAGAUUAAGAGAUGGAUGCUUCAGAUUUUGUCUGGCGUGGAUGCUUGUCAUCGUAGUUCUAUUGUGCAUCGGGAUUUGAAACCGUCUAAUUUGUUGAUUGCUGCCGAUGGUGUGCUUAAAUUGGCUGAUUUUGGUCAGGCAAGGAUACUCUUAGAGCCUGGUUUUGUAGCAAAUAAUGAUGAUCUACUUUCGAGUGCAUAUGAACCACCUGUUAUGUCUGCACCAGAAAAAGGUAUUAAAGAUGAUUACAAAAGUCAAAAUAAAGAACCGCUGACUAAAGAAAAAUAUAUUGAUCAGUUAGAUGAGAUCAGGGGUCAAGCUUAUAUGUAUGAAUUUGACAAAGAAAGUAAUUUGCAAGAUGGAAAUGCAUCUUGUCUUGCUACUUGUACAGCAAGUGAUGAAGAGGAUUUUGCGAAGAGUUCUUAUUCUUACCAGGAGGAAGGAGAUACUCCUCUCACAUCUUGUGUUGGAACUCGUUGGUUCAGAGCACCUGAACUUCUUUAUGGAUCCACAAAUUAUGGACCUGAGAUUGAUUUGUGGUCUCUUGGCUGUAUUUUCGCAGAGCUCUUUAGCUUAAAACCACUUUUUCCAGGAACUUCUGAUAUUGAUCAACUAAGCAGAAUUUUUAGCGUUUUGGGCAACUUAUCGGAAGAAGUUUGGCCUGGAUGCGUGAAACUACCUGAUUACCAGACAAUUUCAUUUUGUAAAAUAGAUAAUCCUAUUGGUUUAGAAGAGUGCCUGCCAAAUAGGUCUGCUGAUGAAAUCCUUAUAGUUAAGAAACUACUAUCCUUUGACCCAGCGAAUAGAGCUACAGCAAUGGAACUGCUUCAUGACAAAUAUUUAGAGGACAGCCCACUGCCACUUCCUAUAUCAGAACUAAGGGUCCCUUCUACAAAUAGUUCUCAGGAUGACGAGUCCCAUGGUGAUUGGUUUGAUAACAGGGACAUGGAAUCUGAUUCUGAUUUUGAUGAAUUUGGCAGCAUGGAUGUUACCAACACAGACGCUGGUUUUUCAAUCAAGUUCUUUUGAGAUUACAAAGCGUAUUGAAUAUUGAUAUAUGAUAAUAUGAAUUUGUUGAGAGGCAAUGUUCUUCACUCUUUGGAUCUUCACUUGCUCCUGCACUUUGUAUAGAUGUGAUAUUCUUGAAUAGUUCUUUUGAGAACGUCUACGUCCAAGUCCGAACAAGCUGGGGGCUUUGUUAUGACAUUGUUUGAUUGUGCGUGUAUGCAAAAGUUAGUCUGCAUUAUCUUCAGCCGGUCCUUUCGAAGAUUGAAUAAAUCUUAGCUGGGCUAAUGUUUUCUUCGAUUAUUUUAGAAUGAAAAUUAUCGAAAACCAUGUGAUUUAACCGUAUUGUAUUUUGAACAUAAUCGAUCUAGAUGGCUCUUGUUUUAACUAUUUUUAGAAUGAAAAUUAUUGAUAAUCAUGUGAUUUAACAGUUUUGUU